AUGAGCAGCUCUGAUUGUUCCUCAAGCUCGUUCUCUUCUUCUUUAACUAGCCUUGGCGAUUGCCUAGAGGUUCAGAAGGGCAGAGCGCCGGAGCCGGACAGAGAGAGGGGCAGGUUUGUGGGGAUCGGGAAGAUGAUGGCGAGGCGGGCCUUGGUUGCCAUUGCGGUUCUUGCGGCGGCGGCGGCGCUGCUUGUUGCGGCGGAGGCCCAGCAGGCGCCGGCGCAGCAGGGCCACCAGACAGAGAGGAUCUCAGGGAGUGCUGGUGACGUGCUGGACGAUGACCCUGUUGGGAGGCUCAAGGUGUUUAUCUAUGACCUCCCUGGAAAAUACAACAAGAAGCUGCUGAAGAAAGACCCAAGGUGCCUGAACCACAUGUUCGCCGCGGAGAUCUUCAUGCACCGGUUCCUGCUGUCGAGCGCGGUUCGGACCACUAAUCCCGAGGAAGCGGAUUGGUUCUACACACCUGUGUACCCGACAUGCGACCUGACGCCUUCGGGUCUCCCCUUGCCCUUCAAGUCUCCGCGGAUGAUGCGCAGCGCGAUCGAGCUGAUCGCGACGAAAUGGCCUUACUGGAAUAGAUCGGAGGGGGCAGAUCAUUUCUUUGUCACGCCACAUGACUUUGGCGCUUGCUUCCAUUAUCAGGAAGAGAAAGCAAUUGGGCGAGGAAUCCUUCCCUUGCUUCAGCGUGCCACACUGGUUCAGACCUUUGGACAGAAGAACCAUGUCUGCUUGAAGGAAGGCUCCAUCACAAUUCCGCCAUUUGCGCCUCCGCAGAAAAUGCAGAAUCACCUUAUUCCUGGCGAGACCCCUCGAUCCAUCUUCGCAUACUUCCGUGGUUUGUUCUAUGACACCGGCAAUGAUCCUGAGGGUGGAUACUAUGCCAGAGGUGCUCGUGCAUCUGUCUGGGAGAACUUCAAGAACAACCCGCUGUUCGACAUCUCAACCGAUCACCCACCGACAUACUAUGAAGAUAUGCAGAGGUCUGUGUUCUGCCUGUGCCCAUUGGGCUGGGCACCAUGGAGCCCCAGACUGGUGGAAGCCGUGGUUUUCGGCUGCAUCCCGGUGAUCAUCGCAGACGACAUCGUCCUGCCCUUCGCGGAUGCCAUCCCAUGGGAGGAGAUCGGCGUGUUUGUUCCUGAGGAGGACGUCCCGAGGCUGGACAGCAUCCUGACAUCCAUUCCAACAGAGGACAUACUGAGGAAGCAAAGGCUUCUCGCAAACCCUUCGAUGAAGCAGGCCAUGCUGUUCCCCCAGCCAGCUCAAGCAGGAGAUGCGUUCCAUCAGAUACUUAACGGGCUUGCCCGCAAGCUUCCGCAUGGCGAAGAUGUCUUCUUGAAGCCCGGCCAGGCCCGUCUGAACUGGACUGCUGGCCCGGUGGGUGACCUGAAGCCGUGGUAG